AUGGAGGAAGGUCGAAAGAGACUUGGAUGUGACGCCUCCGGUAAGGUUUCCGGGAAUAUGGCGCGGGCUUCGGCCCCCUCGGAGGGUGAAGGUGAGGGCGACAGCGACGAUGACAUCAUGGCUUGGCUGUCGAUUGACGAGGACUCGGUUGUGGAGCUGAUGGAGCUGUUGGAGCCGGAGGUGACCUCACCGAUCAAGGUGAAGUUCAUCGACAACCCCUACGUGUCAACGUUGAUAUUUCAGUCGUCGGCAUCGUACGUGACCAUCAACGGCAACGAGGAGAGCUGCGGGUCGUCGUUUUCCGACUCGGAGGCCUCCAUCAUGGCCAGCAUCGACAUGGGCGGCGUCAGAGUCCACCCUGUUUCCGGCUGGGCUGGGGAGUUUCCUGCAGCGAGUGGCGGCGGAUGGGGUUUGGGUGAGAGUGCCUGGGCAGAGAAUGGGGACGGAUUCAACGGCUGGGAUGGAUUUGAGUGGGACGACGAUUUGCUGGCAAGGUUUCUGGGUGAGGACCUCUUCUGAGAGACUCUGUGAAAAACUAUGAAUAGAGUUUUUUUUUUUUUUUCUCCUUUUCCUUUUUGUGUUUUUAGGGUUUUUAGGGUUUAUGACUGUUAAUAGAAUACACAGAGAAGAAUAGAAAAAAUGAAAACCCUGUUUUGCCUCUGCA